AUGUCCGACAUAGAGACUGAUGAGAGGGUGACUUUGCUACUCGUGGGUGACGUCGAAUGUGGAAAAUCAACCUUCUUAUCACGUCUCAAGAGUGGCAGGCGGCCUACGCCAUCACAAACCGGAGCCGCAACAUAUAGUCUCCCGGAGACUUUACGCGAUAGUGACCAGCCCUUUAUCUAUGAUAUUCGCUUUGCAAAGAAGAAAUUUGUUUUAGAGCUCUAUGACACUGCGAGUCCUAACCAGCACUGGACAUCCCUUCAGCCAGACGUGGUUGUUAUAGCAUUUGAUGUCUCCAACCGCAAUACACUAGAUGGACUUAAAGAGGCAUAUCGAAUUGCCCAGGAGCUCCGCUGCGAUAGAUAUGCAGAGUGUUCAGCUGUGACGGGCGAGCUCCUCGCAGAAACGUUUGAAGAUCUGGCGCGGAUGGCCGGGAUGGCGACCACAACGAAAGGUGCGCAGACUGCUGGGGGCUGUAACAUUCUUUAA